CGAGCUGCUCCAAGCGGCGCAUUCCUGCGCGCGCCCGCCCGGCCUCGCGCGAGCGUCCCCCCAGCGACUCCCACCCCCUCCCUUCCCCACCGCGGGUCUACUCUCGUGAACGCGGAGGGUCUCUGCUUUCUGUCACCUCAAGCUCCCCCCCCUCGGACAUUGAGGGGGGCAGUUCGUCUGCUUGUCACACACAUUCGCCCGGCGCGCACACACAGGCGCGCACCGCGCUGUUCCUCAGUGGAAGAUGGCGGUUGGGAUGCGGCGGUGGAGGAGAAUGGAGGGCAGCGACACAUCCACACGGACGCAUUAAACUCGAACGCUUCUCUCUCGCGCGGACACUCGAGGCGGCCGAGGAUGGAUUUUCGCGCGGUUUUUGGGAAUAUUUACCUCAGAGCUCGCGGGAAGCGCUCUUUCGGAGGGAACCUGUGAAGAAGGAGCCGUUUUUCAAGCGACCCCUUUGUAACUGUAGUCCUAAUCCGGCCGGGAGAAAAGUGCAGAAAAUGUCAGACAGCAAAGUAAAAGUUGCAGUUAGAGUCCGGCCCAUGAACCGGAGAGAAAUCGAGCUGAACACGAAGUGUGUGGUGGAAAUGGAGGACAACCAGACGGUUCUUCACCCACCGCCCUCCAACGCGGCCAAGGGGGAGAACAGGAAACAGCCAAAGGUAUUUGCCUUCGACUACUGCUUUUGGUCUAUGGAUGAGUCCAACAUCACCAAAUAUGCAGGCCAAGAAGUUGUGUUCAAGUGCCUUGGAGAAGGGAUACUUGACAAUGCCUUUCAAGGGUACAAUGCCUGCAUCUUUGCUUAUGGGCAAACAGGGUCUGGGAAGUCCUUCUCUAUGAUGGGCAGUGGAGACCAGCCGGGCCUUAUCCCACGGCUCUGUUGCAGCCUGUUUGAGAGGGUCUCCAAACAUGGCAGUGAUACGCUCUCCUUCAAGGUGGAGGUCUCCUACAUGGAGAUCUACAAUGAGAAAGUCAGGGAUCUCCUGGACCCCAAAGGGAGCCGUCAGUCCCUGAAGGUCCGGGAGCACAAAGUUCUUGGCCCAUAUGUGGAUGGGCUGUCUCAGCUGGCUGUCACCAACUUUGAGGAUAUUGAGUCACUGAUGUCAGAGGGGAAUAAGUCCCGGACAGUUGCAGCCACCAAUAUGAAUGAGGAGAGCAGCCGCUCUCAUGCUGUCUUCAACAUCAUCGUUACCCAGACACUCUACGACCUGCAAUCAGGAAACUCUGGGGAGAAGGUGAGCAAAGUGAGUCUGGUGGACCUGGCAGGAAGCGAGCGAGUGUCCAAGACGGGUGCAGCUGGUGAGAGACUUAAAGAGGGCAGCAACAUCAACAAGUCUCUGACCACCUUAGGGUGUGUCAUCUCAGCUUUGGCAGAUCAGUCGGCUGGGAAGGGGAAACCCAAGUUUGUGCCUUACAGAGACUCUGUGCUAACCUGGCUGCUCAAGGACAAUCUCGGGGGAAACAGCAAGACAGCUAUGAUCGCCACUGUCAGCCCUGCAGCAGACAAUUAUGAGGAGACGCUGUCCACGCUACGCUAUGCUGACCGUGCAAAGCGAAUUGUGAAUCAUGCAGUGGUCAACGAGGACCCCAAUGCCCGCAUUAUUCGUGAACUGCGGGAGGAGGUGGAGAAGCUUAAGGAGCAGCUGUCACAGGCUGAGGCUCUGAAGGCCCCAGAGCUGCAAGAGAAGUUGCAUGAGUCUGAGAAGUUGAUCCAGGAGAUGACCAUUACCUGGGAAGAGAAGCUGAGGAAGACAGAGGAGAUUGCACAGGAACGCCAGAAGCAGCUGGAAAGUAUGGGCAUUUCUCUAGAGUCAUCAGGGAUUAAGGUUGGGGAGGACAAGUGCUUCCUGGUCAACUUGAAUGCUGACCCUGCCCUCAAUGAACUACUAGUCUAUUACCUAAAGGAGCACACGCAGGUUGGAGCCAACACCUCACAGGACAUACAACUGUUCGGAAUUGGAAUACAGCCUGAGCACUGCGUGCUGGAUAUUAGCCCAGACGGGGACGUCACAUUAACACCCAUGGAGAAUGCAAGGACCUGUGUGAAUGGCACCAUGAUCUAUUCCACGGUGCACCUGUGGCAUGGGGACCGUAUCUUGUGGGGAAACAAUCACUUCUUUCGGGUCAACCUGCCCAAGCGAAAGAGACGUGACCGCUUGAAGGAGUUGGAAUCAGCACGGGACAGCCUGGGGGAGCAGGAUAUGGAGACUGCCAGCGAGGCCUCAUCCGAGCAAGAUUACAGCUAUGAGUUUGCCCAGAUGGAGGUCAUGAUGAAAACCCUAGGAAACAAUGACCCCAUGCAGAAUGUGGUCCAGGUGUUGGAAAAGCAGUACUUGGAGGAGAAGCGCAUGGCGCUGGAGGAACAGCGUGUCAUGUAUGAGCGCGAACUUGAGUCCCUGCGACAGCAGCUGUCUCCAGAGAGGAUAAAUCCCCACCUUCGCUGCAGUGCUGACCGUCUGUCCUAUUCCAGCCACAGCAAGAUCCGCCUCUGGUCUGAAGAACGGGACGAGCUUUUCCGCCAGAGCCUAGCCCGACUGCGAGAACAGGUGGUCAGAGCCAACACACUGGUGCGAGAGGCCAAUUUCCUGGCAGAGGAGAUGAACAAGCUAACCGACUACCAAGUCACCCUGCAGAUCCCUGCAGCCAACCUCAGUGCCAACCGCAAACGUGGAGCCAUCGUAAGCGAGCCUGCCAUCCAGGUGCGGAGAAGAGGACGAGGAACCCAGGUGUGGACCAUUGAGAAGCUGGAAAACAAGCUUGUGGACAUGAGAGACCAGUACAGAGACUGGAAAGAGGGCACACAAGAAAUGAACAGCAAACUGAACAGUAAACGUGGGGAGCCCUUCUAUGAGGCUCAAGAGAACCACAACCUCAUUGGCGUCGCAAAUGUUUUCCUGGAGUGUCUGUUCCACGACAUUAAGCUUCAAUAUGCAGUUCCCAUCAUCAGCCAGCAAGGGGAGGUGGCAGGUCGUCUGCACGUGGAGCUGAUGCGGGUGAGCGGGGUGGUGCCGGAGCGUCUGGUUGGAGGUGACGAUUCCUCAGAGAACUCAAGUGAGAGUGGCAGCUAUGAGGUCAUGGAUAACAAUGGAGAGAUUGUCCAUAUUGCCAAGAAACUCACCUGCAGGGUGCGGAUUAAGGAGGCAACUGGACUGCCCCUCAAUUUGUCCAACUUCGUCUUCUGCCAGUACACUUUCUGGGAGCAGGCAGAACCCACCGUGGCCCCACCAAUGGUCAGCCCAGACACACCUUCCCUUCGUACUCCGGAUGCUCAGUUCACCGUUAGGUUUGACCACUGCAUGGACUAUGUGGUCCACGUGACAGAGGAAUUCCUGGAGUUCAUCUCUGAGGGUGCACUAGCAAUUGAAGUGUGGGGACACCGUUGUGCUGGAAAUGGUCACUCGCAGUUUGAGGUGGAUGCUCUGCAAGCCAAAAGCCGGACCCUCAGAGACCGCUGGAGUGAGGUAUCCCGUCGGAUUGAGCUGUGGGUCUCCAUCCAGGAGCUGAAUGAGCAAGGUGAGUAUGCUGCUGUGGAACUGUACCCCACGAAGGACGUCAGCACCGGUGGGGUCUUCCAGCUAAGACAGGGACAUUCACGCAGGCUCCAGGUCAGUGUAAAGCCAGUCCAGCAGUCAGGCACUCUGCCCCUGCUGGUGGAGGCAGUGCUGUCCGUCUCUAUUGGUUGUGUGUCCAUCCGCUCCACCAAGCUACAGAGACCACUGGACAGCUACCAGAGGGAGGUGGAUGUCGAUAUGGAUAGUUAUCAGGAGGAAGACUUGAACUGUGUUCGAGAACGCUGGUCUGAAGCACUGAUCAAGCGCCGUGAGUAUCUGGAUGAUCAGAUCAAGAGGAUCAUCAACAAACAUGAGAAGUCUGAAGAAGAUGUGGAACGGGAGGCACGACUGGUGGAGCAAUGGGUGGGGCUGACAGAGGAGCGCAAUGCAGUGCUGGUACCAGCCCCUGGCAGUGGUAUCCCUGGUGCUCCUGCACAUUGGACACCUUGUGCCGGAAUGGAAGUUCACAUUCCUGUCCUCUUUCUGGACCUAAAUGCGGGUGAUUUAACAGUGAAUGGUCAGCUGUCAGGACCACACACUGCUGGGGUCAACUCUAUCUUGCCAAAAGAGCAUGGUAGCCCAUUCUUCUACCUCCCCAUCAUUAGGCACAGUGACGAUGAGAUCUCAGCGGUCUGUUCCUGGGACUCAUCCAUCCAUGACUCUGUCCAUCUGAAUCGUGUCACCUCACCUAAUGAGCGUAUCUACUUGAUUGUCAAGGCAACUGUCCAGCUCAGCCACCCAGCCUGCAUGGAGCUGGUAGUUCGCAAGAGGAUUGCAGUAAACAUCUAUAAUAAGCAGCAGAGUUUUACACAGAGUUUGAAGAGGAGAAUGUCACUCAAGAAUGUGCUCUAUUCAUGUGGAGUCACAUAUGAGAUAGUUUCCAACAUACCAAAGGCAUCAGAGGAGCCUGAGGAGCGGGAGACACUUGCUUUGAUGGCAGCAAGGAGUGAAGCUGAAGGUGCACAGGAUGGAGAGACGUACAUCGAGAAGUACACUCGUGGUGUACUGGAGGUGGAGAACAUCCUGAGCCUGGAGCGUUUGCGGCAGGCGGUUACUGUAAAGGAGGCACUCUCUGCUAAAGGAAGAUAUAUCAAGAGAAGCAUCAGCACGCCCAAUGUACAGCAUACGUCAUCCAGUAGAACUGAUUUAACUGGGUGUGACGAUGAAGAUUUCAAGGGACGCUGUGAGAGUCAACUUGACAUCUCAGAUGGCAGUCUUCAAGAUGUGUCACUAUGUGCAACAAUGACCAAAGACUCACCCUUGAAGAACAAGGACAGCCAGGGCUUGGUGCCAGAGAGCCCAACGCAUUCCAGCCCAUUCAAGGCCCUCUCUGCUCAGCCACCCAAGUUCCUCAAGGCCCUGAUGCCUGUGAAGGAGGAGAGCAAGAGCAAGAAAUCAUUAGAGUCCCGACCACUGCUGGGACAAGAGAGCAUGCGCCCCCUUGUGGAAAGCGCUGCACUGGCCCCUCACUGCCCCCAGCGACGCCCCAGGGCGGAGAGUGAGGGCCACAGCAGCAGGCAGCUCAGUCUCAGUCACACACACCGACACACCACUGAUUCUGAGGAGGAAACGGAUGGAGACACACCGUCGAGUCAGCCAAGCAUGCUGGAAGUAGGAUAUUGCUCACUGGAAUUUCAAGAGUACCAGACUUAUGUUCCGGAAAACUUUGCUGACUUUGACGUGUAUAAUGCAAGCUUGGAGGGCUCAAUGUCAUCUGAGCAGGUGGAAAUGGUUGGGGGUAGGGCUGGGGUAGGAGGUGGGGUUGUGGGCUGUGAAAAGGCAGUGUCACGGAGCCCCACAGUGAGUAGCUGCACCAGUGGCUACUUUUCCCACAGUGGCUCCAAUGCCACCCUUUCUGAUGCCAUGUUCACCGCUAGCGACAGCUUAGACCAGCUGAGUGCCUCUGGCCGCGAUGUUCAGGAUGACAGGGGCCCACUUCACACCAAAAGUGCCUUAGUGGGUGACACUGUCUCAGUAGCACAUGCACAACCAUGCCCACCAACAGCCCUUCCUCCUGCCAGUGCAGACUGCUGUUCGGACACACCUAAGGAGUGUGUGCUCAGUGUCAGUCAGGAGUUCACUGAUUUCCAGGGUGCUGAUGGUGGGGAGGUGAGCCUGACAUCUUUGGAUGAGGGGUGGCCAACUGGAGCAAGCCUCCUCCUUUCAAGGCAGGAGGAACAAGAACUGGUUAAAGGCUCCCGUCACCAUGUCACUGUGCCUCCACAACAGUGCCAACUGCACAACGGCAAGCGGUCACCAUCUGCUCACUUGCAUCGCCCAUUCAAUACCCAGGAAGCCUCUGGACCUCCACCCUGCCGAGAAAACAACUUGGGUCACACACAUGGCUCUGAUCCUGGUCCUGCUCUAGGAGAUCCUGCAGACUCAUCCAGUGGAGAGGAGGGCUUACCUGUACCACAGCUCCCAGACUGGAUGGCUCCAGGGGAGGCUGUGUGGGUGGGCAAGAAGAGUGGAACAGUGCACUAUGUAGGAGGGGUGGAGUUUGCACCAGGCAUCUGGGUUGGAGUAGAGCUGGACCUUCCUGUUGGCAAGCACAAUGGCACUGUCCAGGGAAGGGUAUAUUUCCGCUGUCCACCUGGCCGUGGCAUCUUCGUCAAACCCUCCCGUCUGUCAAGGGGACCUCCCCAGCCCUCCAGCAGUAAUCCCCAAGGCCAGGAGAAGCACAGGAGUACCACUCUCACUUCUCGCCAGAUUGAGGAGAAAACUGGGGUUGGGGAGCAGGGGUCUUGGGGUAGUGCUCAGGACCACCAUCCCUUUGGGAAUAGCUGAGCACCAGUAUUCGAUCAUUAUUGCCAUCAUUUUGCACUUCGACUUUGACAACCACAUCACGUGAUAUCUACUCAAUGUUUUUUUUUUUUUUUU